CGAACCACGGCCGCGUCGGAACGGGAGCGCGCCUCUGCUCAGCCAGAGGUGAUUGGCCGGCGCAUUCUUUCGAGGUCGCCAAGCGUUUCGACCCGUUCGCAGCUUCCGCAAAGCCUCGAGACGUCGGGCUGCAUCGAUGGUGCGGAAACAGCCGGCGCGGACCCCGAAGCGGUCGCCCACCUCUCCCAGCCACAAAGCCACCAGGAAGGUCGAAGGCUACUACGAGGCGCGGAACGGACUAAGGCGUGCAAUGAUCGUGGCGUGCGGACUGGCAACCGGACGUUACUCGCCCGAGAAACGGAAGCGCAAGAACGUCGCAACGGGUGAUAAGGCAAAGACACCGUUGAAGAGGCGUCACUCCGGUACUGAAGUGCAAGAUGGCACUUUAGCGGCGACAGAGGCGAUGAGUUGCGCAAGCUGCACCGACGAAGAGCAAGUCGACGCGAGUGCCGAGGAAUGCCUUGUCUCGUUCGUCGCCUCUGUGAGAGGAAAACGAAGGGUCCUGCACAGAAAAUCCACGAACCAGGUUCGCGCCAGCCAAGUCGGUAAAACACCGAGUUCGGUACCCGAAGCCACGGCGAAUCCCACAAUGCGUCAGCAGGCUGAGGAACCAGCUGUUGUUCUCGCAAGGAAAGUGCGCCAGCGUAAAGGUCGUCCGAGGGCUUCUGGCGAGGCGACCAAGGUGCUGCAGGGACGUACCCCAGCAAGAAGAGCAACGCAGGGAAAGCGGCGUCGAGAGCUGACUCAGAGUGUGCAACUGCGCAAACAACGCGACGUAAAUGGCCGUAAAGAAAAUGGUCGGCGUCAAGUCGCCGUCCGAUGGUCUCCAGCACCCGCGAAGCGGGGAACGCGCCUUGUGUCGAAGACUUUGGGUCCUAAAAGAACAGCUCUAAGCCGGACACUCAGUGCAUCUAUCCAGAAGGCAUCGAAGGACAAAGUCAGCGCAAGCAGUGACGUCAUCGGAGCCGCAGAGCACCAUUCUUUACUGGGAGCAUCGAGAGACGGGGCGCCAUUUUGUGGGCCCGUUGUAUUUGCUUCGGUUUUACCACCGGCUGCUGCGGUAGCGGGAGGACGUCAACCGCUUCUUAACUAUCACUUAACUGAUCCGCAGGAGAUACUGACGACAUCGGUUACCGUCCCUGGUUCCAGUGAAGCACCGUGUGCGUUAACGCAAGACCCACCCCGUCGGGGCAGAGGCAAGGUGAUUCCUGUGAAAGCUCAUCAGCCGAUCUUGGCGAUGGAAACGGCGCUCAUUAAGGAUUCUGUAGUUGAAAGCUGUGAUGUACGUCGAAGCUGUGCUGUAACCAUGGGAUCACGUUUUGACAGAGGCGACAUGGGGUUUGAUGCCGAUACAUGUGUCGUGUUCUCAAGUUACUGCGAAGAUGUUCACACAGGUGAGUAUAGAGCGUGUCGAUGGGAUGUAUUGCUACAACUGACUGAAGAGGAUUGUCGACCAACGGCCGUCCCACUGAUCUCGCCUUCUUGCUCAGCAGAUGGCAGGAGUGACUUGGCUGCUGCGACGUGUUCGCUUCUGACACCAGAUGAUCGUACCAAUCACCUGAGAGCUCGAGAGUUGAGUGCGGCGGUAAGCAAGCAAGCCAGCGCAAUGAGCACCAGUAUCGACCUUCCGGACUUUGCUCAGUCAGAAGCACCCGAAAGUUCUGCGAACGCAGCUACCAUUGCCCAGUUUCAUUGUGGCGAAGAGGGCACAACGACCUCGAGGUGCAUUCGCGAAGAAGCUGAUGCAGCCGACGGUAUCGCUCUUCCGCAUGAACCAGUGUUUGGACUCGUGAGCUCGCCGCAAAAGGUCUGUCAGUCUUCGCUGAUCCCAUUGGACGAUGGUAGCAGCAUUGCUGCGGACGAUAAAUGCGCUUCGUCGCAAGGCGGGUCAAAAGAUGGGGACGCGAUUUUUGGUGCUGAAUGCGUGUCCUCCGAGGAGACAAAGAGAGUAGGUGAUUUGCAGGGUGGAUCUGGCGAAGAAUAUUCGUCGCGAUACUGUGUGGCAGACGAGAACAUGGCGCUUGAGUUGCGUGCAGAUAGUAAUGUGCCUGUACCAGAUAGCGUUGCCUCCAGGCGAAGUUGGUCUAGCGACGAUUGCAGGCUUGUCCAAUCUGUAGAGGAUCAGCAGUGCAAUGAACAACGGAGGGAGUGCUGGGACGUAAUGCACAACAACAUUGCCCCUGAACCAAGUAGGGGUGGUGGAGAUGAAAUAAGUACUCAAUCCAAGAUCCUACUUUCGAUUCAAAGAGUGUCCAUCGAUAAAAAGACGUCUGACACUGAACCCGAGAGCACCCCUUCAUGUCAGCAAUGGAACUCUGUAAAUGGUGAAAAUGGGAUUGUGUUGUUUGAAAGCCCUUCUGCUGAGAAGAAGGGGUCCGACUACGGCGACGUUUGUCGUGAAUGCCAGAACAUUCCCCGCGAGCGAAGUCACUCACCAUAUGACACUUGCGAACCGAAUCCCCAUACCGCUGAUAGUGCACUUGUCGAACCCGGAAACAGCGUUGCGUGUUUAGAAAGACGGCUUGCCGACGGUGACAGACUUGGUGUGUAUCCCGAGUACCAGGAGGUUACUUAUCUGCAGACGCGGUCUAUAUAUGCCAGCGUCAUUGGUGAGUCGGAAGAUGAUACUUCUUUUGGAAGGAGUUGUGCCACUGACGGAUGGUUUGACACGUCGGAACGCUUGCCUUCUCAGAGGAGACGGUCUCUGCAUGUUGACCUGCCAGUUACAGCACAAGAAAAUGACAUGUCUCGGCAGCCACGGUGCGGUGGUGAUGAUUUGCUUCCCGGGUCAACGAUCUUGGGUCCUCCAAAGACGGCAACAUCCGAACAGGUAGUUGAAGUUGAGCGCCAAAACUCUCCGCACGAGCCCAGGGAGUCUCCAGUUACUAUUCCCGAGACCUUACCACUACAGCUAAGAUUGAAUAGGGUUGCUGACCCUAGAAUUUUCGUAUCUGUCGAGUCGGAGGAGUCUGCUGCUGCGCGGACACAAUCGGCACAGGAGGGAAUCGAUGAUCCCGAAAACUUUCUUACCCAGCGGACGUGGCGCGCAUCCAGUUUGGUUGCUGAUUUGGAGCGCUUGCCUUCUUUGCGGGGGCGGUCUGCACUUGAAGAAACGUGUGUUGCGGAGGCGGCUAAUCCUUCCUCUGAGCUUGACCAGUCAGUAGAUAACCCGUCUGGUGCCUCUGAGGAAUUUCUUCGUAUGCGCAGAAAUAAAGCCAUCGAUGGCGUGGUUGUUCAAUCUCAGUACUCACUUCGUCUACAGACACUGCCUGACAGUAAUGAUACCUUUCCUUCCCAGCCCGCCGACGAAGAGCCUGUUUCACAGCGCCAGGACAUUCCAUCUUCGGAAAGUCGAUCUACUGAAGACAGCGCGCCCUUUGAGGCUAUCGAGCCCGAGAAGCUUCCUUCUUUUUCGAUGCAAUACAACGCCAUUGGAGGGCGUGUGUCUGAACGCUUUUCUUCACGUGAAAGGGUACCUGAUACCUACAAGAGCGUUUCCCAGCAAACGCAAUGCGCGCGUGAGGAACCCCUGCCUGCUUCCCAAACCGAGAAUCUGCCUUCUGAGCAGACACAUGCGGAAGGCAACGUUCUUGUCGUGUCAGAAAAAUUUCCUGUUCGGUUUGGUAGGUCAGCCGCAUUUUCGGAGCGUACAAGCACAGCACGCACGCUUAAGGCGCAUCGAAGGGCUGAUAGAGAGACCGUUCCCCUACGGUAUGUACAUUAUCCCCCCUUAGUUGAGUAUGAGCUGCCCGCUUCCUUGCGGAGACGUCCGGCAGCUGAUGCACUUGCGUCGGAAAGCAUUCCUUGCCAGUCUAGGGCGUCUGCUAACGAUGAGCCAAGUGCAGUGUCUCAUGGCGCUUCUUGUUUUCAAGUCCCGUCUGCAGAUGAGGACCCAAUCAACAUGUCCGAAUUAUUUCCCCUUUCGUGGAGCGGCUCUGGAGCCGACGAUGAUGAUGUGAUUAUUGAAUCUUGGGAUUCUGACAGUGGGAGAGGGGAGUCGGCAAGCGAUGUGUCUGAGACCUCUUCCUCAUCCGAACGCAGUUUGUCUGGACAUUACCAUGUCCCUGCCUUGUUCGGAGGCCAUACUUCUUGUCCAAUCCUCCCCUUCCACCGGUGUGGUUCCGUGGAGACGGCGGGUUCAUGUGGCCUCCCUCUUCGGGCCACGGCGCACAGCGAACGGGAGGCGGCUUCUACACCUGGCAAAGGGAUGAACGUCUGCGACCUUAGAAAGUGCGUGCGGGACGCGUUGUUCGAACUCGACACCGUGACUGCUCUUCACAUGCUGCGACUGUGCCGAGAAGAGAAGGCAAGACGGCGAGUAUUUCGCCUGUACAGAGUGGGCCACUACAGCCGUGCGAGUGGAGCCUACGGCGCGCAAAUACGCGGUAUAAUGCGCUCUGCCAUCGAACGUAAGCGCCUGCAGUGGAACAGGAUAGCGGCAUUGCUUCCUGCACUAGGGAGUUUAGGGUGUCAUUUCCCAGAGCCGCGAUGUUGCAGCGAACGGCUGUUAACUGACCUACAGGAUCUCAGAAGAAGCGUCAAGAUUUAGACGAAAUGGUACCACCAGUUUCGUCAUCGGUUGUGGAUUUUGUAGCUAGCACAACGUGUAACUCUAGUUGACAUAUUUGUGAAAUUUGCUUGCGUUUUUCUGCGCUUUGGCUAAUGCACCAAGAAAAUACUGCCCAAUAUUCCGUUUGUAGGUACUUUCUUGUCAUAGCAUUUCAAUUGUCACUGUGCUAUGUUUCGUGCUAUGCUUUGUUAUGCUGCGUAUGCAAGGAAUCGUAUAAUGUUGCGAAUAAGCUCUUUGUCUCUCAUAAGUGCUUCCUAACACUGUCACCUUGUUGUGAGCCUAAGAGGGAAAAAUGCAAAAAUAGUUAGAAUAGCCUGAUGCAUUGUGUGUGUGGAUGAGACUGCAUGUACCAGUCAUCCACAAGAAUCUAACUUCAAACGAGCUAUAAUGAAAGCUAUUUCAAUUGUCUGCCUUGCCACAUUUAGGCUCGUGUUCACACAUCUGAUGUCCGGACUCUCUUUUUGGGCGACUUCCUUGUGGACAUUAAAACGCCACCGAAAAAGCAAGUGAGACAUUGCUUAAGCGGCCCUUGUCUAGGGGCUCCACCCAUUGAGCGUUUUAUUUUUCAAUAAAGUUGUUGUUCUUCUU